AUGCCCCAAUCCAUUUAUCAAGACAUUGAAAAGGAAUUCAAUCAGCACCUCUCGCCAAUACCACAAGGUGAUGUCGUCUCUGCAGUCACUUCAAAUACCCAAGAAGACGUGGCCCCAGCAGUACAAGGCCCGCCACCACCACCCAAUGGAGGACUGAUUGCAUGGCUACAAGUUCUUGGUGGCUUUAUGCUUUUCUUCAACACCUGGGGUAUAUUGAACGCAUUUGGAGUUUACCAGACCUACUAUGAGCAAGGCACUCUAUUCAAAGAAUCAUCUUCAAAUAUCUCCUGGAUCGGUGCCAUCCAGGCUACCAUGCUACUCAUGGUUGGCUUCAUCACUGGCCCAAUCUAUGACCGCGGUAACCUUCGAUGGCUUUUGAUCACUGGAAGCUUUUGCAUUGUUUUCGGCCAUAUGAUGCUCAGCCUCUGUAAAACUUUUGGUGAGGUGCUUUGCGCCCAGGGGUUUCUUGUGGGCAUCGGUGCUGGCUGCCUAUUCGUACCCUGUGUUUCGAUCUUACCUACUUACUUUACCACCAAACUCGGAGCAGCCCUCGGAAUUGCUGUCUCCGGUUCAUCCGUUGGUGGUAUAAUAUACCCAAUUGUGCUUGACCGACUCAUUGGACCCCUUGGUUUUGACUGGGCUACCCGUAUCAUUGGGUUCAUUGCACUGGGCACACUCCUGAUUCCUAUAACAGUGAUGCGCCAGCGUGUCACACCUCCGAAGGCUCGUAGCCUGAUUGACUGGACUGCCCUCACCGACCCUUCUUACAUGUUCUUUGUUUUCACGACAUUGAUCGCUUUUAUGGGUCUCUUUGUGUUACUUUUCUACAUUUCUUACUUUGCUGCGGCCGCCCGUAUCACCGACUCAACAAUGGCGAUGUAUAUCGUCCCCAUUCUGAACGCCGGUUCAGUAUUUGGUCGAACUAUUCCGAAUGCCUUGGCUGAUAAAGUCGGGCCUUUCAACCUUAUCGCUCCUUGCUGCAUUGCCGUCGGUGUACUCAUGCUGUGCAUGAUUGCGGUAACCUCACAGGCUAGCUUAAUUGCCAUCGCCGUUCUGUCAGGAUUCUUCAGUGGCGCACUCAUUGGUUUGCCUCCCCUUUGUUUUGUUGCUCUUACUCAAGAUAAGUCAAUCAUUGGUACUCGCAUUGGCAUGGGCUUCGGAAUAAUUGGCUUUGGUGUCCUAUGUGGGGGACCUGCUGGAGGUGCUAUUAUUGCCAACUCAGCCGAUUUCGACUGGACUGGGCUAUGGGCAUUUGGUGGCGCGACUGCCGUCUUCGCUGGUCUCAUGUAUAGCGCUCUGCGGGUCGCGAAAUGGGGACUGAAGUUGCAUAUAAAGGCAUGA